AUGAUCUAUCAAAGCGUUCGCCUCCCAUUGCGAUCACCGCGAAAAAUCGGCAUCAAUCGACGAGUUUUUAGAGAAAUCACGAGAUGUUACGCCACCCAGCUGAGCGACUCAACCGACGUAGUUGUUUGCGGUGGAGGAAUCGCCGGCACAUCGGUCGCCUAUCAUUUGGCGUUACGCGGGAAACGAGUGUCUCUUUAUGAGAAAGACGCUGUUGGAUGUGGCGGUGCAACGGGCGUCUCGGCUGGCCUGGUCUCUGCGCCGACUUUCUGGCAAGAUUUCACCAAUCAACACCUUGCCGAGAACUCCCUCAAACUGUAUGCGGAUCUCGCGGGAAGUGGAAAAUUCAGAUACGUUCGAUGUGGUCGCAUUUUCCUGGCCUCCACCCUAGCGAGCGAGAUUUUGUUAAGAAGGAUGUACAGUCGAGGUAUUUUGCACAACGAGCACGUCGAACUGUUGGAUGAUCAGAGUGACAUGUUGGCGAGAUGGCCCUAUUUGCAAACGGAGGACGUUCAGUUGGCUCUUUUCUCUCCUGAAGACGUCUCGUUGGAUCCGGUGGCAAUGUGUCAAGAAUUGGCGGAAAGAGCAAAAGCUUUGGGCGCCAAAUUCCACGAGGGAGUCGAGGUGAAAGAGGUGCUGCUUGGCGACGAGAAACAGGUCUACGCGGUUCGCACAAAUUUGGGCCUCGUUGAGACACCGGCUUUCGUUGAUGCCUCCGGAGUGUGGACGGGCAGCGUUCUCUGCAAGCAACUACCCCAUCGGCACAUCCAAACGGCUCAUCAUCCAUGUACUUACACCUAUCUGCACUCAUCCAAAUUACCGAGUAGCUCCGUUUGUGACACGACACCGAUAAUCAACGAUCUUGACGGGAAUGUGAUGGUUCGUUUGACUGGACGAAAGACGAGAUGUGCUGGAUUUCAUGAAGAGGGGAUUCGACCGAUCGCCUGCCCGGCUGCAACAGGAGAAUGGACACAGCCCGAGGCGGAUUGGGAUAAAUUUGAAAUCUCGCUCUCCCGUCUGUUGCACCGAAUCCCGUUGUUGAGCGAUGUGGGACACGGCGAUUUAAUCUGCGGAAUGGAGGCCUACACACCAGACAAGUGCUGCACCGUUGGGGAGAGUAGUCAGGCAAAGGGCUACUACGUUGCAUCGGGCUUCAAUGGGCAGGGUCUCUCGCUGGCGGGCGGUGUCGGGAAAUUGUUGGCCGAUUGGAUCGUUGAUAAAGAUGUAUCAGUGGACGUUGCUCGAAUCGAUGUAGGUCGUUUCAUCGAAUUACACGCCAAUUCGCAAUACUUGAUCGAGAGAACGCCGGAGAUCGCGGCAAUGACUUAUAUCAAUAUGUACAAUUCGCAUCAAUGUCACACGGCUCGCAACUUGCGUAUGUCUCCGAUCUAUCAUCAAUUGAGAGAUGCUGGUGCCGUUUUUGGAGAAAGCAUGGGAUAUGAGCGACCAUUGUGGUUUGAGCCGAAUUCGCCGAAAGAGAGAAACGCUCUUCUACAAGGACAGGAUACACUGCUCGGGAAACCGGCAUGGUUUGAGAGAGUCCGAAGCGAGUAUGAAGCUUGCCGCGAGCGUGUUGGAUUGAUCGACAUGAGCAGCUUCUCUAAAUUUGAGAUCACGGGCCCCGAUUGUGUCACCUUUCUGCAGUACCUCUGCUCGGCGGACAUUGAGCGGCCAGUUGGCACAACGGUUUACACGGGAAUGCAAAACGAGAAAGGUGGCUAUGUGACGGAUUGCACGUUGAGUCGAAUUGGAGAACAAUGCUUUUUCAUGGUGGCUCCGACGAUUCAACAAGAUCGCUGCUUGUCAUGGAUGCGCAAAUGGGCAAUCGAUUUGAAGAGAAACGUGCAUAUACAAGAUGUGACGGGAAUGUACACUGCUUUGGAUGUGGUCGGUCCAUCGUCGCGCUACUUGAUGAACGAUCUCACCGGGAGGGAAUUCUCGAAUCGAGAAUUCCCGGCGUUCAGAUGCCAAGAGAUGAACAUUGGCAUGGCCACCGGAAUCCGAGCGAUCAGUGUGACGCAUUGCGGCGAGCUUGGCUGGGUGAUCUACAUUCCGAAUGAGGUUGCUCAAAAUGUGUACGAUCGUCUCGUCGAGAAGGGCCGCGAGUACAGUAUGAUGCAUGCCGGUUACUACACCCUUCGGCAACUCCGAAUCGAGAAAUUCUACGUCUACUGGGGUCAAGAUAUCAACGCGACCGUUACACCGAUGGAGUGCGGACGAGCGUUUCGGGUGAAUUUCGAGGAAGAAAUUUUCGGCACACAGAACACAAAG